GCACAGACAAUUGCUGCCUUUCCAGCCAGUGUGCUGAUCGUGGGAGGGUUAUAUCCGACUCCAGGCUGGUUAUCUAAGCGGCCAACCCCUUGAUUAUUAACUUCCACUAUAUGAUUGGCCAGGUGCUUUGGCUAGCGGCUGUCAUAGAUGUCACCUGACUUGCAUCUCAAUCGAUCUCUUCAUCGAUCGGUUUUUGUUCCGGUUAUUCUUCGAUCCCAUACCCUUCAGUCGGCCGGGAUAAUUACGUAUCGGCUCUUGAAAGCGGCCCCGCAUUGCGAAUAUAUUUAGAACAUAUGCUGAUCUGCCCAGGCAUACGCAUGACGCAGUAGCGCACUAGGUUCCAGGCAAAGACAAGUGGAGGACUGCACGCCCAGGAGCCUGGGCUUACCGAAGAAUGGGGUACUCGUGGAAAAACUACCGGAUUGGAACAUGGGAUUGAGGCUCUCAGUCCAUGCACUUCUAAGCUGCAAGCAGCAAACAAAUACAGAUUCUUGGAUCACCACAAUUAUAAUGUUGAUGCAUGGAACCCUCUGCUCAUUCAGAGCAAGAUCUUGUACGAUAGGAGACAGGAGAACCAAACAGAUUCUGUGGUUAUUCAUACGCAAAUACCUGGCAAGCGUUCUCCCUAUCUACAUGCGUGGUGUCCUCUCCCCACUAGUAGGAACAAUGUACACAGGAUGACACUUGCUAUCCACUUGACUGCAGACCACUCUGCUCGAUUAGACACAUCAUGCGAGUCUCGUCUUCUAAUCUAGGGAACUCCAUGGAACUACACUGAAAUGUUAAAGUUCCUUUUGAAGAAGUUCCCUAGAUCUAGAGCGGUUACGCUAUCACUAUGAUCACGUGAUUUACAACUAUCAAGUUUCAACUCUCAAAGCAAAUCUCCGAGAACAGCCUCUGAUCAAACACUUCUAUCGCCCAACAUGGCGGCGCAUCAAAUCGCCAUUGCAAAGGCCUCUCUCUCUGCAGGGCUUUUGCGUCCUGAUCCCACAUCUGUGGCCCGCGAUGAAAUCACUGCUUUCCAUUCCUCCCUCGACAGGGCGCUGUCGCACUGCUCCUCGGCCAAUAUACAGACUUGCAAAUCAUGGCUUUUGAACAAUGUCGUCCUGUCAUCUAACAGGGUGGGCGUUCUGGGUAAAUACCUGGUCGCAUUGUCCGCCUCGUUCGCCGACGCCGAGGACGCAAGUGCAAAGUCAUCGAAACCGACAGCCGGCGUUCGUCAGAAAACAUCAGCAAAGAGGAAAAGGCUGCACAUUCUAUAUCUACUCAAUGAUCUAUUCCAUCACACCAAGUAUCAUGCCGACACCGCCGUUGGAUUUUCGACGCUGAGUGGUUCCUUGCAGCCGUAUAUCGUCCAGCUCGUGGGUUACGCGGCAUCUUACGAUCGAGAGAAGAACCCCAAACAUCAUAGACGGCUGGAGGAGCUCUUGGACAUAUGGAGCGAGCACGGCUACUACAGUACCGACUACGUCAACAAGCUCCGGGAAGUGGUCAGAAAUUCGGCCUUGGCGGGCGCUGUGAAAGCCUCCGUUGACACGGAGGAGAGUAGCAAGGGUACUACGAAGGGAUCCGAUGCCAGAUCCGUGCCGUUCGUCAUGCCCGCCACUCAUGGGGAUCCCUCCAUGCCUUAUUACGACCUCCCCGCCGGCAACCUUAUUCCGCACAUGAUUCCGAAUUCUACUGCUCCCCUUCGUCCAGACUCGAUUAAACCACUUCAGUUUUUAGCGGGUCCUGCAGAUGCUAAAUUGGUCGCGGCUGUCAAGGCAUUCCUGAAAGACGUCGAUCGAAUAUAUGGGCCGGAAGACGACCGGGGAAAUGAGGAAGGUGUUGUCGACAUCGACGAGCUAGGUCAGACGAUCAUUCGUGAUGAGAUCACUGGCGAGAUAAUCAAUGGCGAGACUUACUACGGGUGGUCUCGUGCCUUUUGCCAACAGAUGAAAAAGAGAAACUCGGAUGGUCGUACCCGCUCACGAAGUCGGAGCCACAGCCAAAGUCGAAGCAGGAGCAGAAACAGCAGCAGCGUGGCCCGACGUAGACGAAGCAGACGCUACAGUGAUAGUGCAGAAAGCGAUGAUAGCCGAUGGAGUCGGAACAGGCGUAGUACGAGCCGGCGUUAUUCUUCCUACUCUCAAUCACCGACUCCCCCGCGUCGACGGUCACGGUCACCACAGUCCCGAGAAAGAUCCUACUCACCACGACCAGCUUCACCUCGACCGUUUCCCCCAACAGAUAAUCGCCCAUCUACAGGCUCUCCAGCUGCCAUUCCUCCACGUCCAGCAAACGUGCAGUUCCCUCCUAGCCAUAACUACAGCCAAUCACAGCAUCAAUUAGCGGCCGCGCCGCCACCUUUGGCACCGGGUAUGGUACCGGCUCCUCCGCCACGCCCACCAAACUACAACGGUCCUUGGCCCCCCCCUCCUCCUCCAUUGGCAAUGGGCUUCCCGCCUGGGCCGGGAACGGGUAUGCCUCCUGUCUUCCCACCUUCGUUCCCAGGCCAAGGACCGUUUCUGCCGACUUCCCUCCCAACUGCACAGCCGAUGCCCCCGGGUUCGUAUCAUUUCCCGCAGCCUCACGCUGGCGCUGGCACUGGACGUCCUGGUGGUUCCUGGGGUCAGCCUGGAUAUCCACCUGCUGGUCGGGGAUGGAGAUGAGCAGAUGCAGCAGACUAGCGUUGAGUAUUAAUAUAAUAUGUUAUCUUGAUGAUUUAUUGUCUUUUGGCCCGUAUCCGUAAGUUCUG